CACCCGAGAUGGACCAGUUCUACAGGUCCACCAUGGCCAUCUACAGGAGCAUCAUGGAGCAGUUUAACCCUGCCCUGGAGAACCUGGUGUAUCUGGGCAACAACUACCUGCGGGCCUUCCACGCUCUGUCUGAGGCGGCCGAGGUAUACUUCAGUGCCAUUCAGAAAAUUGGGGAGCAGGCCCUGCAGAGUUCCACCUCUCAGAUUCUGGGUGAGAUCUUGGUGCAGAUGUCGGACACCCAGCGGCACCUGAACUCAGACCUGGAGGUGGUGGUGCAGACAUUCCACGGAGACCUGCUGCAGCACAUGGAGAAGAACACCAAGCUGGACAUGCAGUUCAUCAAGGACAGCCGCCAGCAUUAUGAGAUCGAGUACCGCCACCGUGCCGCCGACCUAGAGAAGUGCAUGUCCGAGCUCUGGCGUAUGGAGCGCAAGAGGGACAAGAAUGCACGGGAGAUGAAGGAGAGUGUAAACCGGCUGCACGCACAGAUGCAGGCCUUUGUGUCAGAAAGCCAGCGGGCUGCUGAGCUGGAGGAGAAGCGGCGCUACCGCUUCUUGGCUGAGAAACACCUGCUGCUGUCCAACACCUUCCUGCAGUUCUUCGGCCGGGCCCGGGGGCUGCUGCAGAACCGCGUGCUGCUGUGGAAGGAGCAGGCCGAGGCCAGCCGCGGCCCGUCACGCGCCCACUCCCCCGGCCUGCUGGGCCCCGUGCUGGGGCCACCCUACCCCUCGGGCCGCCUGACGCCCACCCGCCUGGACAUGCCCCCGCGGCCCCUGGGCGACUUCGGCUCCCCGCGCAGCCGGCACGGCUCCGGCUCCUACGGCCCUGAGCCCGCCGAGGCGAGGUCCGCGUCGCAGCUGGAGCCUGAGCGCCGGUCUCUGCCGCGGACGCCGUCGGCCUCCUCGCUGUACGCCGGCGGCGCGCAGCGCUCGCGCUCCAACUCCUUCGGCGAGCGUCCGGGCGGCGGCGGCGGGGGCGCCCGCAGGGUCCGCGCGCUGGUCUCACACUCCGAAGGCGCCAACCACACGCUGCUGCGCUUCUCGGCCGGGGACGUCGUGGAGGUGCUGGUGCCCGAGGCCCAGAAUGGCUGGCUGUAUGGCAAACUGGAGGGCUCUUCCGCGAGUGGCUGGUUCCCUGAGGCCUAUGUGAAACCGUUGGAGGAGGUGCCCGUGAAUCCCAUGACCCCCUUGAACCCCAUGACUGCCAUGAGCCCCUUGAGCCCCGUGAGCCCCGUGAGCCCCAAGGGCUCCAUGAACGAGCUGUCUUCCAGGUCCUACCCACUCCGGGGCAGCCACAGCCUUGACGACCUCCUGGACCGGCCAGGCAACUCCACAGCAUCCCCGGAAUACUGGGAUGGCCAGUCCCGCUCCCGAACCCCAAGCCGGGUCCCAAGCCGCGCCCCCAGCCCUUCCCCCACACCCUUGCCUGGCAGCCGCCGCAGCAGCAUGGGUGCAGCCAAUGACAUUAAGAAGCUCAUGGCCUGGGAGCAGCAACCCCCAGAGCUCUUCCCUCGGGGCACAAAUCCCUUUGCCACCGUGAAGCUGCGUCCCACUGUCACCAACGACCGCUCGGCACCCCUCAUCAGAUGAGGUCCUUCUUCUGAUGGGUCUGAGGUAGAACUGCACACCUGCCCAGGGCUGUUCAGAGCUUGUGGUGGUGGCAGUGACAGCAGGGGCUCCAGGAUGCCCAGGUGGCCAUCCUUCCUGGACCACUGCCAGAAGCAGCACCCUGGACGCUGACCUGCGGUCUGGGGCCUCCAGAGUACAGCAGGCAGAAUUGGGAAAUGGAGAAAUUUCUUUCUCAUGGGGCCCCAGGGCUCUCCCAGGGAGCUGCACACGUCUCCCCAGCCUCUUUCCCUUCCCUGCUCCUUGUACCACACAUGUGCCCCGCACAGGGCCCCACUGAACUUUCAUAAACGAUGAGCAAUAAAGGAUGUGGACAAGGCA